UCGCCCUUCGCGGGAAGGAGUUUGUGGCGCCAGUGUAAAGUAGGUACAACACCGCCACGCCGGAGCGCCCAACAGCUCUGAGGUGUUCGUCCAGCCGUCCGGAGUGCGGUUCCUUGGGCCUCUCUCUCUGGAAAACAGCGACCAGGAUGUGGAAUAGCGGAUUCGACAGCUUCGGCGGCUCCAGCUAUGGCGGAGCGGGCGGCUACACGCAGUCCCCCGGCAGCUUCGGGUCGCCCACACCGUCGCAGGCAGAGAAGAAGUCGAGAGUCCGAUCCCAGCACAUUGUGCCCUGUACCAUAUCUCAGCUGCUCUCAGCUACUCUGACUGAUGAAGUGUUCAAAAUUGGGAAUGUUGAGAUUUCACAGGUCACUAUUGUGGGAAUAAUCAGACAUGCAGAGAAGGCUCCGACUAAUAUCGUUUACAAAAUAGAUGAUAUGACUGCUGCACCCAUGGAUGUUCGACAGUGGGUUGACACAGAUGAUGCCAGUGGUGAAAACACUGUGGUUCCUCCAGAAACAUACGUGAAAGUGGCUGGCCACCUCAGAUCUUUUCAGAACAAAAAGAGCCUGGUAGCCUUUAAGAUCAUACCUCUAGAAGAUAUGAAUGAGUUCACUGCACAUAUUCUGGAAGUGGUCAAUUCACACAUGAUGCUCAGCAAAUCCAACAACCAGCUCUCAGCAGGGAGACCAUCUAUCAGCAACUCAGGAAUGGGUGAGACAGGAAACUUCAGUGGGAAUAACCUCAUGCCAGCAAAUGGCCUCACUGUGGUCCAAAACCAGGUGCUGAAUUUGAUCAAGGCUUGCCCAAGACCAGAAGGAUUGAACUUUCAGGAUCUCAGAAACCAGCUCCAGCACAUGUCUGUAGCCUCAAUCAAGCAAGCAGUGGAUUUUCUGUGCAACGAGGGGCACAUUUAUUCUACAGUGGAUGAUGAUCACUUUAAAUCUACAGAUGCAGAGUAACUAGAGCUCAUUGGGUACCCAAAAUAUUUCCAGCUGGACCUGUUUUUCCACCAUCUGUUGUCUCCAGCUCUGCAGGUUUUGGCCAGUGGCUUCUAGGACAAGUUUCAUAGAGAAGGUGUCAGCUUAUGUCCUCUUGAAACUUGCUGCUGUUCUGUUUUGUUGUUUGUUGUUUAGAUGUUCAAAAGGAGCUAGCCAGUUGAGAAGGAAGUAAACCAGGAUGGGAUUUCAUAACAGAAAUUCCAGAUAAUCUAGUCAGGACUCCAGGCUAGAUGGAUGGGCUUGAAAGAGGAACACAACCCAGAGAGCAGGGCAGAACUGCAUCAUGCUUGGGAGUGUCUGCUCUUGAAAGGCUUCUUGUUGGGGUGGUAAUACUAAGGCCAAGGGCCACAUACAGAACCCACUACCUUCUGCCUAAUUUGUUUCCCACUCUGGGUCUGUGGUGUUACUUUCAGAAUUGCACUUUCCUUCCCCUUGUCUUGCCUACGACCGAAAGUAGGUUUCAGUGAGCAUGAGGUUCUGGCAUGGUGGCCUCACAGGGCAGAGAGGAAGAAAUGUUACUCCAUUCUUUGUAAUAUAAAUGUUCAUAUGUUCAAUAAAAGUUUGAUUGUAAUAGC